UUUCUAGGCCAAUUUAUAGCCAUCCGCGCAGGCGCAAUCGUACUCGAAACCAUCUCUCCAUCUAUCCUUUUUCAAUUAAAACUUGCAAGUUAAAAAUAAAAAAUAAACUAAAUUUCUCGUUUAAAUUAAAGAUUAACAACACCAUCAACUACCAACACCAAAACAAACAAUUAUUUACAAUCAGCCUUAGGCCCAAAAAUUUUUAACCAAAUAAACUCCUUAAAUUGUUCCCUAAUUUUGAAUGAAGAUAAAUCAUAUAUAAAUUCAAUAAAACUCAAAAGAAUUGUCCAGAGGGAUUUAAACGACUUGAAAAUUGAUUGUAAUUCGAUUAAAAAUCGGUGGAAAUUUUUUCAGAAUUUUGGGGAAAUUUCUGAUGAAGAAAAACGGUUUCCUAUAGCUUUUGCUAGGACUGUUUAUAGGGAUUAUUUAAUGCUUGAACAAAUGUUAUCUGUUGAAUAUGCACCCCAUAAUGUUUAUUGUUAUUCUUUGGACAGAAAGGCUGACAAAAAGUAUUUUUAAAAUUUUAAUUUUUAACAAAUUAUGUCAAAAUGUCGAAAAUUUAAAUGUCAUAGUUUCAAAAUGUCGAAUGUCAAAAUGUCAAAUUUCAUAAUGUCGAAUUUCGAAAGGUCAAAUUUUCAAAAUGUCGAAAAUCGGAAUGUCGAAAGCAAAAUGUCGAAAUGUCGAAUUUCGAAAUGUCAACUUUCAUUUUGCCAAAAUUUUCAUAAUGCCAAAAUCUCAAAACGCCAAAAAAUUUCCCUUAAAUAUCCCUCAAUUUUUUAACAGAUUCAAGGAACGCAUCCGAGCCCUCUCCCGUUGCUUCUCUAAAAAUGUGUUUGUUUCUGAUGAAGAAUACAAUGUCUACAGCAGCGGUAAAAAUGUCAGUCGCUCACAUUUAUCGUGUCUUGAAAAAUUGAAUAAAAGGAAAGAAGACUGGAAAUAUGUUGUUUUACUGCAGAAUCACGAUUUACCUCUACGUACCAACGCUGAACUUGUCCGCAUAUUUAAAGCAUACAACGGAACAAACGAUAUCGCCACAAAAAAUAUUGUAAAAAACACGGUUGUUAAAUCGCUGGAUUGGUCAUUGAAAGGAUUGCGGCUUUACAGAGACGGUUUGGAAAAUGCCUACCCUCCAAACAUUAAACAAUUAAACCACACAAAAUCUUUAAAUUUAAUUGUCCUGUCUAGAGCUGCUGUUAAUUUUACUCUUAAACAGUUGAAUGUUUACCCGUUUAUUGACCAGUUGGAAAAGAGUAGAUAUGGAAUGGACGAGGUUUUUUUUUUAUUUUUUUUUUAA